GCCUCUUUCGAAAAAUCUGUCCUCCCAUGUCACGCAGUGUGAGCCGUGAUGCAGCGGUGUUGUGGAAAAAUCACCAGCCAUCUGUGGCUCUGGUCUACUCUGUUGUUUUUGACACUAUGUUUUGCACCUGUGAUGUUACACCCGCAGUGUUUGGAUUUUAAACCGCCCUUCCGACCGCAGAAGGAGCUGGAAUUUUGUAUAAUGUACAAGGAAUUUGGCUGCUGUGAUUAUCAGAAGGACCAGGAGCUGAUGUCUAAAUACUACCAGAUUAUGGAUAAUUUUGACUACAGUGGAUAUACCAGCUGUGCCGGGUUCAUCUUUGACUUGCUCUGCCAGGAGUGUUCUCCCUAUGCAGCUCACCUCUUUGAUGCUGAGGAUCCAAGCACCCCGGUCAGGACCAUCCCAGGCCUCUGCUCUGAAUACUGCUUUCAGUUUUGGAAUAAGUGUUCUUUCACCAUUCCUUUCUUGUCUGGUGACCCAUAUAUAGCAAACUUCAGAGAAAAUCAGACCAGUCUCUGCCAUUACCUGGAGAUACACGACAAGGACUACUGUUAUCCAUAUCUGCUUAACAACCAGCAACUCACCCAGAACCUUGGUGGCAUUCAGGUGAACUCAGAUGGCUGUCUGCAGCUGUGCCUGGAAGAAGUGGCCAAUGGUCUCCAGAAUCCAUUAGCCAUGGUGCAUGCCAAUGAUGGCACACAUAGAUUCUUUGUGGCAGAACAGGUCGGCCUGGUGUGGACCUAUCUUCCAGAUCGGUCCAAGCUGGAGAGACCAUUUUUGAACAUUACCCAGGCAGUGCUAACAUCAUCGUGGGAAGGUGAUGAGAGAGGCUUUCUCGGACUUGCCUUUCACCCCAAAUACAAGUACAAUGGGAAGCUGUAUGUGUAUUACUCAGUGGAGGUGGGUUUUGAUGAGAGAAUCAGAAUCAGUGAGUUCCACGUAUCAGCCAAUGACAUGAAUGAGGUGGACCACACCUCUGAGCGAGUUAUUCUGGAGAUUGAUGAACCGGCAUCCAACCAUAAUGGAGGGCAGCUGCUAUUUGCAGAUGAUGGGUACUUGUAUAUUUUCACAGGUGAUGGUGGAAUGGCAGGAGACCCAUUUGGGAAAUAUGGGAAUGCUCAGAACAAGUCAGCUCUCUUGGGUAAAGUGCUUCGAAUUGAUGUGGAUGACAACCAGAGAGGUCCAUUGUACAGAAUUCCUCCAGAUAACCCGUUUAUACAUGAACAGGGAGCACGCCCGGAGGUUUAUGCUUACGGUGUUCGCAAUAUGUGGAGGUGUUCGGUGGACCGGGGUGAUCCAUGGACCAAAGACGGCAAAGGGCGUAUCUUUUGUGGGGAUGUAGGCCAGAACAAGUUCGAGGAAAUCGAUAUAAUCGAGAAAGGUCGAAAUUAUGGCUGGAGAGCUAAAGAAGGCUUCUCUUGCUAUGAUAAGAAACUAUGUGCCAACAGUUCAUUAGAUGAUGUCCUGCCUGUUUAUGCAUAUCCUCAUAGGAUGGGCAAGUCAGUCACUGGUGGUUAUGUGUAUCGAGGUUGCGAAUACCCCAACCUGAAUGGCAUUUAUAUAUUUGGAGACUUCAUGAGUGGGCGUUUGAUGAGCCUGCAGGAGGACAAAAAAACAGGAAACUGGAAAUACAACGAGAUAUGUAUGGGGAUGGGGCUAACCUGUGCCUUUCCUGGACUUAUCAACAACUAUCACCAGUACAUUAUCUCCUUUGCUGAGGAUGAAUCUGGUGAGCUUUACUUCAUGUCCACUGCAAUACCAAGUGCUACAUCACCUUCAGGAGUCGUUUAUAAAGUCAUCGAUCCCUCAAGACGUGCUCCACCAAGACAGUGCCACUACGACCCUCUUCCAGUGAGAGUAAAAAGCAAUCUCAUCAAGUUUGUUCCUCAAGAAACGCUGGUUGGCAUUGACCUGCCGAAUGAAAACUUUGAGCCACAAUCCACUGAAUCCUAUCAAUGGCACCAAGAGCUAAGUGAUCAUCGAGGUGAAACAGGAGCAGGCCUGAUUACUCCUGUACCAGCCACAGGUACUUCCAAAACAACCAAAAAUUCAAGGCGUAAAGGCCGGCAUAGGAAGAAUAAAUCCAAAUUGGAACGUGCACCUCACAUCCAGACGGGAGCAGUGAGACUGGUUGGGGAUUCCAGGAGUGACCGUGGACGUGUAGAAAUCUACAUUAAUGGGGAAUGGGGUACCGUGUGUGAUGACCUGUGGACCCUUGUCAAUGCUAGAGUGAUUUGCCGGCAGCUCGGUUUCCAACAUGCUCUGAAAGCAGCUAAGAACUCUGAGUUUGGUGAGGGAAAGGAUUUGCGGAUUCUUCUUGAUGAUGUUAAGUGUGUAGGCACUGAAUCCAGCCUUUUAGAUUGCAGACAUGCUGGUGUGGGGACACAUAACUGUGCCCACUAUGAAGAUGCUGGUGUGAUCUGUGGCAACUCAUCAUAUGUUGCAGAAGUCUAAAAGUUUAACUAAUAUUAAGUCGAGAGCAAUUACGAAAGAGUUAAUGUCCUGUUUAAAAAAACAUUUAAAAAAUCACAACACAACACAGACAGCUAUUCUAUUUCCCACAGCAACAAGAAAUGAACAGUAAUGCAAUCUAAAACUGCAGUUGUGUUACAUGUUGUACAUUACAAUGAACAUGAUAACUACUUAAGAGUAUUUUAAAUAAAGCUCACAAGCAAAUGCAUACAUUUCAAUAACCUACGGCAGGAUAGCGUGUAUACUGAGACAAACUAAGAGUUAUAAAUUAAUAAAAUAAUAAAGGCAGUCAUUUUUUUCAAAAUAAUGGAUCUUACUUAUAGUACAUUAAGAUAUAGUAUAACAAUUUAAUUACACACAAGCUUUUUCCUUCAGUACUUUUCAUUGAUAAGUGAAUACUUUGAAUUUUAUUAUUGGGUUAUAAAAGUUUGACUUUACAGUGUAAUAUUAAAAUGUUGACUGUAUAUUUCGUGUCUCAAUUUUUUGUGGGAAGAAAAAAACAAUGAGUCCCUGCUUAAUGUAAUAUAAAGGUGAACUGGAUAAAAGCCUUAGAGCAAAGAGGCAUACCUGAAACCUUUUACAUGUGAAAUCUGAUGCAAUAUUUGAAGAUGAUUAUCUCAAAGACUAUCAAAGAUAAAAGCUUGACAUUAUCACUUGUCUUUACAUAAAUUACCUCGCUUUAGCUUUUCUUCCAUUCUGGAACUCCACAAAGUCUCAUGAAAAGACAUUUAAUGUGUUUUUAUAUUUAACGUAUUUGAGCUCCAGAAGUCUUGCGUAAGCAUUCUACAUCUGCUUAUUUUGUGCAGAAUAUUGUGAUAAUGUUACUUUACAGCAGCGGCUGCCCACAUUGAACUGUGACUAUUGUGAAGAUAAUAUUUAUACGUGUAUGCAGUUGCAUGAGCUGGAGAUGGAGACUUUCUUUUUUGAGGUCUUUAAUCUUGCCAAAUUUCAUAACAGAGAUGACCACUCGGUGAAAAUGAUGAUUCUGCGGAUCCAACAUCACAUAUGAAACUCAAGACACUGACUUUGUGUUUUUAAUUGUGGCUGAAUGCAUGUGUCACAAGUCAAAGUGUUUUACCUUUUAAUAUGUGGUUAUUUAUUGAAGGGAUGGUUUAUUUAAAGCUUUCAGCACCGUACUGAGGUGCUGAAAGCUGGAAUAAGUAAUUCCAAACUUGCACGUUGUUGUAUUCACAUUCAUUAUGCUCAUUCUAAAAUAACACGUGCUGGUUAUUAAAAUACUGAAAUUGUGUGUUUUUUGGAGAAUAUUAAAGAACCUGCUUGCAAUAUUCUGUUUCACAGAUGACAUUUAUAUAUAGUUAUAUAGUUAGUUAUAGAUUUAAAUGUAAAUGUAAUAUAAAUAAAAAAAAAAUGCAAAAAAUAGUUAAGAACUUAUAAAAGGGGCGCAGGGGUCAGCAAACCACUGUUUAAGCAUUCAUUAAGGCUUUUUAUAAAUGCUUUUAUAUUUUCAAAACAAAAAAGUUUGAAAAGUACUUUUCAGAUAUGAAAUGUUGCACAUUUCUCCAGCAGAUGGCAGAAUAAUACUACUAUUUUAAAAGCACAAGAGAACCUGAAAAAAUAUUCGGUCUGCAUACCUGUUCAUCUUAAUCAACAAGAACUGCUUUUCUUGGAUGUGUGUGUGUUUGUGUUUUCUAAUUCUUAAUUGUAGCAGUUCAGAAAAGCUGGUGAAAACCCCUUUUGUCAAAGCUGUUCUUCAAAUAAAAAAAAUCAAAUCAUA